AUGGAGAUAGACACGUGCCCAAACAUCAUCGCCAGGAGGCAGGGCUUGCAGGACAAUGACCCACAUCUACUGAAAAUUCCAUCAGUCGAGUAUGAUGAUGGUGACAUCUUGCCUUACCAAUUUGAUAGACACGCUCCAGGAAGGAUUUCUACUUCUCCAACUCUGAGGAGGAUAAGAAACAAUCAGCCAUCCAUUGCUCAAGCAUUCCCCCUCCAGAAUGGCACUAAGCGCUCAAGGACAGGCAAACAGUCUCUGCAAGCUGACUCUUUUCUUCCUGCUUGUGCAAGUCAUGCAUCAUGUUCGCAGCAUUUUAACUCCUCCACAUGCUCCAUGCUGACUCGGAGAGAAAAUUCGGUAUCACUGGAACCCCUAUCAAUUAUACCACAGCACGGUGAUGAUCACGCUGAUAAUCAAACUUUGGACAACACAAGGAACUGCAGCUCUUCUUUCCUGCCUGAGGGAAAACAGAAUUCUCAGGAACAGAGUCAGGUAAGUAAAAGCCUGCAACAAAAAGGGCUAUGCUUUCCCAUGGUUUGUUGUGUUUACAAAAGGCUGGUCCAAAGAAUCAAGUCCUUGACGCUCUUCAGUGUAAGUAAUAAAGACAAACAGAAGCAAAAAUCAGACCUGGAAAACUGUCUUUCUACUAUAACCAUCAAGAUGUCAGAAUGUUGUGGCUAUCAAUUUCACAGCAUCAAGGAUAAAUCGUGGCAUGAAAUCAUGGAGAUGCAUCAGUUUGAGCCUAAAAUCACUGGUGAUCAUAUAGAAAUAAGGAAGAAAGAAGCAGUGUGGGAACUUUUCACAACAGAAUGCACAUACUUGCUUGAUCAUCUCCUGGUUCUCAAAAAGGUAUUUAUGGAUACAUUAAGGUACUUGCAAAGCAAAGAAUUCCUCCCAGAUGUAGACGCUGGACUACUUUUUGCUAAUUUGGAAGAAUUAAAUGAGAUGAGCCUAUGUUUUGUGACCAGUUUCUUUAGCACUAUAGAGGAUCACCUGAACAAACUGACACCCUCCAUAGAUUUCACCUCUGUGCUCACCAAGUAUUUCCAAGGAAACAUGUGCCAGAGCCACCAGAUAUACUGCUUGAAUUACACAUCCGCAAUCUUUUACUUGGAAAAAAUGAAAAAGAAGAAAGAUUUUGGGACCUAUCUGAAAUGGUGUGAACAGAAUGAACUGUGCAAACGACUCCAUCUAUCAGAACUGCUGGUUGCCCCUUUACACAAAUUGACCCGCUAUCCUCUCCUCCUGAAGAAUAUCUGGAAAAAUACAGAGGCAGCAGAGAAAACUGUCAUUGAUUCACUUAAGGACAAGGUGGAAAAAUCAAUACGGGACUUGGAAGGAAAAGUGAAAUGGCUGGACAAUUUUCAGAAAUUUAAACAGCUUCAGGAAAUUAUAAUUUGGCCUUCACUUUGGGAUCAAGACAAAAGAUUUUUUGUUCCCGAGUGUCUCAAGAGCAUACUAAGGAACAACCCCAAAGAAAACAUCUUGUCAUCUACAAAAAGAUCCCUUGUUCAUGAGGGAAAAUUAACUCUUGCAGAACAUAUGAAACUUAGUGACGUCUACCUCUUUCUGUUUGAUGAUUUGCUACUGAUUACUAAACUUAACCGGCAUAAAAAGAAAUAUGGAAGUUCUGAUUUCAAUUUAAUACCUGUUUGCCCUGUCUUCACUCCUGAGUUGCAAUCUUUGCUUGAAGAAGGCAGUUACUGCACAGUGCUUGAUCAACCUAUUCCAUUAAACAGACUGAUAGUAAAAAAUAUUGAUUCAUUCCAUGGAAAUGUUUUUGGAUUGCGAAAUGCAUUUCUAAUACAGCAUGAAAAUAGGUAUCAACAGUGCAUAGCAGCCUUCUUACUACAGGCACAGACUGAGUCUAUCAAGAAAACAUGGAUGUCACAGAUGGAAGCUGCAAUCUCAAACUAUGCAAAUAGACAAAACUCUUCCAAAACCUCAUUUUUCAGUUUACCUGCUGAAUCAUCUGAAAUUUAG